AUGAGAGUAGUCAUUCAAAAAGUCAAGAAUGCCUCGGUCACAGUCGAUGAGAAGGUUAUAUCAUCGUACGUACCACAUAAGCUCGAGUAGUAAUCUGUUUUUUUUUUUGUUUUUGCCAAUCAAAGUCACUAAUUUUUUUUUUUUUACUUUUUUAUCGAGAAUCGGCAAAGGGUUGAUGAUACUAGUUGGCAUUACAUCCUCGGAUACCAAGGAUGAUGUCCUCAAAUUGAGCAAGAAACUACUCGCGCUUCGAGUGUUUGAAGAUCUGGCGCAGCCGGCCGACACUCUGACCAAAUGGUAUGGCAAGCCGUGGGCGAAAUCAGUCGCUGACAUCCAAGGUGAGAUUUUAUCAGUUUCUCAAUUCACCCUCUACGGCACACUCAAAAAGGGAACCAAGCCCGACUUCCAUAAAGCGGCCAAGGGAGAUGAGGCUGUGCCGUUGUAUGAGAUGUUGUUGGAGGAGUUGAGGAAGGGGUUGGGACAGGAAAAGGUCAAGGACGGCCAGUUUGGGGCGAUGAUGGACGUUGCCUUGGUGAACGAUGGACCCGUCACGUUAGUAUGGGAUACACUGGAUAACACCUUGUGA